AGCUGCAACCCUUUAAAAGAGCCAGAUGAGCCUUGUUUCCCUCAAAAACUAUAAAGAAGUCACAGCUGAGCUUUGUGGAAUCUGACCUGGGAGUUUGCUAGCAAAGAAGCUGAAAUGGUUCGUCAACACAGGAUUUCAUUGUUGCUCCUCCUCUGUUCAUCCCCACUUGCAUUUGUUGCUGCUUAUUCCUCCGAGACUGCCUGUGAUCGUCGCUGUCUGGCGAAUUCUCUGAUUCAGAAAGAACUGUUCAGUGCGCCACAGAGUGAUAACUGUACCAUCAUAGUGAACAUCACUUCAAUACUGUAUGAGACAUUGUCUUUCGACACAAAGGACAUGAAAAUGACCAGCCGUAUCAAGGUAAACAUGCUGUGGAACGAUCCUGAUCUUGGAUGGAUGCAAGAGAAAUAUAAAUAUCCAACAAUUGUUUUGCCAGUUGAUAAAAUCUGGAUUCCUCGGAUAGUUUUGGACAACUCAAUAGAAACGACCAUGGAGCCGUACACUAACGAUGUGCAGGUGAGGCGGGAUGGAACUGUGGUCCAUUCGGUUGUUUUGUUCACGAUGGUGAGCUGUGAAAUCAACCUCUUUAACUACCCCUUUGUGAUGGGGUCGUGCCCUGUGGCCAUCAAUGGAUGGAGCCAAAAAACUUGCGCGCUCACUCUCCAGAUCGCUGAUAAUGUGUCUUUGGUUGGUGGCAGUCGAGGAGAGUGGCAGACUAUGGACGUGAUCAAAACUGUGGAUACAUCAAAUCGUGUUUAUCUCCAAGUGGCUCUGUCGAUUAACCCCUUCAGUGCUGUUGUAACCCUGAUCCUGCCCAGUGGACUGGUACUGCUGGCUGACCUGGUGAGCUUUGCUCUGCCAUUUGAAGGGGGAGAGCGCAACUCUUUUAAGGUCACCUUGGUCCUGAGCUUCACCAUGUUCCUCCUCAUCCUCAGUGAUCACUUGCCUAGCAGUGGCAAGUGUAGCCCCCUUCUACAUUACCACUUCUGCUUCUGUCUGGUGUGUUUGGUCAUGAGUACGCUGGCUUCCAUAGUGCUAACACGUCUGUCUAUAGACAACAGCUUCUUACUGUGCAGACGCUCCGCCAAGGUUCAUCCAUCAAACAGCACCAAAACACAAGAUGACAGCCUGGAUCAGGAGAAAGAUACAGGUGUGAUUGCAACCCAGUCUGGUAAUCUGGCUUCAGAGAUGGCUUCACUCCAGAAAAUAGUGAACUUUUUGGAUAACAUGGAUAAAGGAGAAAAGGAGGCACAGAGUAAAGUGGCAUUUGCUUACCUCCUAGACAAAUUCUGCUUUGGCUUUUUUAUAUUUAUCUACAUAAUUUAUGCCAUAAUUCUUAUUAGUAUCACCCGAACAGACAUUUGUAAGGUUAAUAAUCUAGAUUUCUGGGAUGAGUCUCACCACAAAGAUGACAACUUUGACUACUCAUACACAGGACCAUAGUCACUUUCACUUCAUAGUUUCAAUAGGACUUCUCAGAUCAGGUGUUUCUUCUGUUUGAUGUAUAUAAUCUUUCUCAGACUGUACAAUGUAAUGACUAAAUAAAGUACAGUUCACAUACAUAUUCAUAUUUAUUAGAAUAUCAACAAAAUCUUGGAAAUGAAUACAAGGCAAAAUACAAAAUAGCAUAACUUGUCAUUCUUACUGUCUAAUAAAAUUUUCUGCAUGCUAUUGAGAUUAACUAUUUUAAUUAUAUUAUAUUCCCAUUAUUACAGAAUCAAAAAAGCAUUAAUUAUAACAAAUACAAAUGUUAUUUUGAUGACACGUCUUCAAACUAUAACUAAUGUUUUUAAUCAAAACUGAACAUUUUAUCAUUCUUAAUAUAUAUUGUGGAUGAUUUAUCAGUGCACAUUAUUGUAAAUA